GUCUGCUUCAGUCAGUGGGUGGGUGUUGUGUAUCUCCCAUCUGGUAUUGUGUGGUGGCACCAUGGUCUUCAGGACGGAAAUCGCUGUCGUCUACGGCGCGGCUGCUUUGGUGGCUGUGCUGCAUUUAUGUGCUGCCGGCGUAUCUACUUGCACAUCGGACUCUGACUGUUCCGGUGGCCAGCGCUGCGUCGAGCACUUCAACAUGUCUGUGAACGCCAACUGUGACAGCUACAAAUACUGUAUCAGCGUAUCCGACACAUCCUGCUCCUGUUCUGAUGGCUACACCUGCCGCCUGAAGGAUUGUCCGAGCUCUCCCUACGAAUGCAAGUUGCAGAUUCAUUUCUUAUCCUGGAUUCAUUUCAUAUCCUGGACGCCAAAUGUGGAACACUGA